AUGGUCCCAGCUUCUACCGUAUGGAUUAUGUUCAAAGUUGACUGGAAUCCGAUCCAUUUUGUCGAAGAGCAGUGCUACCAUGGUGCUCCGGAAACUGCGAUACACAAUGCCAUCACGCUCACAGGUACUACGUCCAUGGCACAAGCAGCAACAUGCGCCCAAUAUCUCCACCAGACUUGGCCAGAAAUUGGUCUUGAGAUACUCGGGUUGGUAAAAGAUCUCGUUCGAGAUAAUGGGACUCAAAAAGCUUCACGGUUCUUACAAAAUAAUACUCUGCUCAAGGCUGAGACGCAGCCUGAUCAGACCCCAUUUCUUAAUAUUCGGGUGAGCGGACCUGUACCAAGUGUGGUUGAGAUCGGGGAAAUCCUUGUUUGGAUGGGCUCUGCUCUCCGCUCCUCGCCCUACCCAGAAGGGGUUGCCUACUGCCGUCCAACUAUCUCAUGUCAGCAGCUGUCUUAUUCCAGGGCCGAAUAUGAAGCCAUCAUCGGCUUUUAUACACGACAAGAAGAUGAAGGUCAAAAGGCCACGCCAAACGGUCAGUGCUGGCACAACCUAUUCAGAAAUCCACUCGUCGUAGAAGGUUAUAGAGUUCCGCGACGAUCCUCUGCAGAGCAGGGGCUUCAAAUACCCCUGAGUAUGAUGGCCGCACUGUGCGAAACAAGCUAUGUCAAUCCUUUCGCAGGGGGCGUCUUUAUCAAAGGCUUUUCCACAAUCCUCGUGCCAACCAGGUAUCGUGAUGACCUGAUAAUGUGGCAUUUACUAUUGAACUCCAGCGGUGGUCGAAUAUCUUACAACGAGGCGGUUUCUCUGUGCACCAUGGACAUUUCUACGCUUGACCUUCAAAGUGCACGUCAUAUCAUCGGGUGGUGUAAUGAGAUAAAGCUCUACGCAGGGGCAUCUGAUGCAAAAUACGACGUCAAAAACUCCAACCUCCCCGGCGUGCCUUAUGGUUCACCUUUCCACAACAUGUCGAUAUCCAUGGGACAGAUCGUGUGUGGAGGCCCAGCAAUAAGCAUUGGAAAUAAAGAUAUCCCCGUGCAUGUUACUCGCAAUGGCUACACAAAGAGGCUAAAGUGGAUCAAGAAACGCUUCGUUCUGCUCUGGGACGAAGUAAGCAAGCGUGGGUGGUUGAUUAACGGAGCCACUGCCCUCUUGCACCUCAUUCGUACGUCCCUAGAGAAAGAGAAGGAUAGUGAAUUCUCAGCUUUAACAUUAUUUGACCCUUCAAGGAUCAGAGAGGACCGAUUAUAUCGCCCAGACUCUGCAGGAUGGGUCUUAUCGGAUAAAAGUAACCUUGAACUGACAGUAUAUGCCGAUGACGACGAACAUGUACGUUUCCGAGACCAGGUCACUCGAUUCUAUGAGGUGAUGGAAAAAAUGAUUGACUAUCAGUCUGGGACACUAAACAAAGACCCUACCGCUGGUACGUCUAGGUCAACUCUAGAGGGAUGGGACUUUGACGAUAUCGCGAACGAGCGUGAUCCAGCUCAUCCCCGGGCAGCUGCACUCGACGCGUCGGCCAGGUCUUGGAUGGACUUAAUCAGGACCAUCAAUGCUAUAACACUCUUUGGCCGAGACUUUGGCGAGAUUAUACGGCCAGCAGAUGAAUGCCCUAAAUGGUCGACGGUGCCGUGUGGGCUGUCCUACGUUGCCGUCUGCAGUGCAGACCUUCAGGAGAUCAUUGCUGCAGGGCGCGGUAACCCAUUCUCUACACCAGUCAGACUCACAGAUGAACUCAUCUGGUAUAUCCCAGAAGGACUGCCUUGCACUUGCGAGUGUUUAUCUGGGGACGGAAGUACUCACUCUGACUUGGCCCAAGUCUUGCUCCCGUCCAGCAUGAGUGACCGUCUGGAAGCGAAGUGCGUAGUCCAUAGGAACAUGGACAAAGGGGCAUUCAUUUUUGGUCAUAACAAGUUGUAUCCAUGGUAUUGGGGCGACCUUGGGGAGCCCUCCAGUCAGCCGCUCACUACCACUCAGUUUGGCGGCUCUCCGUCAUACUCUGAUAGUGGGCUUGGAGGGAGUUUGGCUUUUUCUGCUUCCGACAGAGAUGCUUCAUCUGGGUCAUUCACAAAGUUUGAAGACUCUCAGCGUUCUUCGGAGACUAUGAACACAGUUUUAUCCCGCUCAUCCGACACCUCUACUUCCGAAGAUUACACGAUUGGCAUUAUAUGCGCCCUGCAUACAGAACUCAAAGCCAUCCGACUCCUAUUCGAUGCCUCGUAUAGAGGUAUACCGGUUUCGAGACAUGACCAGAAUGCCUAUGCCUUUGGAAAUAUGUGCAAGCACAACGUCGUAGCGACCUGUCUUCCUGAUGGCGAAUACGGAACAAAUCCCGCAGCAGACGUGGCAUCUAACAUGAAGCGCAGUUUCCCACAUCUCCGGGUCUGUCUCCUAGUAGGCAUCGGCGGGGGUGUCCCCUCGCAAACCGAUAUUCGAUUAGGAGAUGUCGUUGUGAGUAAGCGGCAUGGGGCCAAUCCAGGUGUACUGCCGUACGAUAUGGAAAAGGCACUGGAUACGGGCGUAUUCCAGAUAAAUGGAUGUCUGGACUCGGCGCCACGACGGGUCAGAUCUGUUUUGAGUGAGAUGCAGUCUGACCCGGCUCUUGCAAAGGAUCCUCUACGGGGCUAUCUCCAAAAGAUCCAAGACUUGGAUGAGGAGUAUCGCUAUCCGGGUGCUGUAAAUGACAAGCUAUACGUGCCUUCCUAUCCGCACGCCGUGGGCGAAACCACCUGUACCAGGUGUAGCCCUGGCAACGAGCAACAAAGACCACCGAGGCAAUCCUCCCAACCAGUGAUACACUACGGGACCAUUGCAUCCGGGAACAAGGUCAUACGAGACGCAGCGACUCGCGACAGAUGGGGCAAGGAACACAACGUACUGUGCUUCGAGAUGGAGGCAGCAGGAAUCAUGAAUACCCUACCAUCACUUAUCAUCCGCGGUAUUUGUGACUACUAUGACAGCCACAAGAAUAAACUAUGGCAGAAGUAUGCUGCGGCUUCGGCGGCGGCUUUUGCGAAGUUGCUUUUGUCGCAUAUACGUCCUGAGAGCGAGGACUAG